AUGGAUGUGGUCAAAAUAAGUGAGGCUGCACUGAAGAGGAUUGUUUGCAUGGCACGAGAUUUGGCAGCAUUCCAAGGACUGGACAUUGAGGACAAGAAGAAUAUUAUGAAAGGUUCCGAAGAAUUAAUCAAAGCAAAUGAACCUCUCAAAGCUCCGCUAGAUUUACAUUUUAAUGGAGAGUUGAGCCUAAUGGAUGUGGUUAAAAUAAGUGAGGCUGCGCUGAAGAGGAUUGUUUGCAUGGCAAGAGAUUUGGCAGCUUUCCAAGGACUGGACAUUGAGGACAAGAAGAAUAUUAUGAAAGCAUUUUGGGGCAUCAAAGGAAUGGAAGUCAAAAUAGAUGUUCUCAAAAGCACCAAGGAAACGCAGCACUAUGAGGAGCAUAAACGAUUUCUCACCGAAUUCAAUGAACAAAUACGAACGAACGAGUGCGUAAUGCUAUUACUGAUGGCUCUCGUUAUUUUUCGUCCCGAUAGACCCAACCUUCUCGACAAGGACAGAGUUAGAGCAAUACAAAACACGUACUAUGGAGUGCUGAGAAGAGUGCUUGAGUGCGAAUAUGCUGCUAAUGAGGCACUUAUCGUGUAUGAAAUGCUUGUAAGAAAGCUGGAGGAGUUGAAACACUUGAAGGAAGGACUUGUGAGGAUUUACUAUGGAUUCGACAGUCGUCAGCUAGAUCCGUUAAUCAAAGAGUUGUUUGACAUGUAG